AGGCUCCGAGGAGCCAAUGAGGGGCAGGCGAAAGGGGAGGAGACGUAAGACGUCAGACGUAACGUAAGUUCUUUCCCUUCGAUUGUUCUUUUUACCUAACAACUCAGCACAUGUACGUAUGUGUACGUAUCGAUCAUGACGCGAAGACCAGUUGAAAUCACCUUACGCCUCACACCGCAUUAGAUUAGUCUCGUUCCACAGACAUAGCAGGCAGCAAGUAAUAAGAUCAUCUUCAUCUGUCGUUCAGUUCGUUCUUCCUUCAAUUUGCAUGUACAUAAUCUACCUGCCUCUGUAAAAUCACCUACAUAUUUAUCCACUGUGAUUCGAACCAUCAGUUACCUAUUCCGGGCUUGACCUACGUCAGCAGCCGCCCGAGUCCCCUUGCCUUGAAAGACGUCGUCUAAUAGGCUCAAGGCAGCUGUGCCUCGCACACUUAUAACUUGCCCACUUCCGUAAAUCCCGAAACUCUUAAUUGCCAUCCGUCCAAACGGUAUUGUGUACUGAGGGAAGGUAAUCAGUAUGAGAUAUUCAGAUACACUCCUGCCAUUCGUGGCAACAGCCGCCGCCAUCGUCAUACCCGACGAGGCUACGGCAAACCAGCUCGUCCUUGAUGCAGAGCAGAAGGUGGAGAAGACGGCCUCCUCGUGGCGGGACCACUUCUGCCACGGUGCCAACACGCUUCUCUCAUCCAUCGAAGACACCCUCGACAACGCCUUCGACGGUCCCGAAAGGCAGACAAACAAGCUCAAGGGUAUUGUAGCCGAGGGGCUUGAAAUCGACAUUGGGUCCGAUAUUACCGAUUUCCUCGACCCGUCAGAUUAUGCCGACGGACCUCAUGGACCUCAUGGACCUCACGGGCCUCAUGGACCUCAUGGACCUCGAGGACAUUUCACAAAUCUGACGGUGUACCAGACCCUCCACGCAUCAAAUCACACUACCAAGUUUGCCAAGAUGCUCGACGACUUCCCGGAGAUGAUCGACAAGCUAAAUAGUACAUCGGCCAACGUAACCAUCUUCGUGCCUACUGACAAAGCCUUCGAGAAGAUCCCCGAUCACGUCAAGAACCACAAGCCUCCCAAGGAAUUCGUCGAGAAGCUCGUCAAGUACCACAUCCUCCCCGACUUCUACCCCGCCGGCCGUGUACUCUCUUCUCACACGCUUCCGACAGCGUUCGAGGAGGAACAUCUAGGUGGUCGACCUCAAAGGAUACGCGUUAGCGUGGGUCUGUUCGGCGUGAAGCUGAACUUCUACAGCAAGGUCGUCUAUGCCAACCUGAUCACCUCCAACGGCGCCCUUCAUGCCGUCGACAGCAUUCUAGUUCCCCCGCCGCCAGCCAAACGCCUAAUCUCGCUCUUCCCUACCAAAUUCUCCACCCUCGAGCUCGCCGCGGAGAAAACAGGCUUCACUCAUCAUCACCACCACCACUCCAACUCAUCCGGACCAGCACUAACCGGCCUAACCGUCUUCGCCCCCACGAACUUAGCCUUCAAGAAGCUCGGGCCCCGCGCCAACGCCUUCCUCUUCAACACGCCGAAAGGUCUGCAUUUUCUGCGCGCGCUGCUCGCCUACCACGUCGUGGCCAAUGAGACGCUGUACUCGGACGCGUAUUACGGACAUCAGAAAGCGCCAGAAUCAGGCGAGGUAGGAGAGAGUGCAGACGGCCACUUCCAUAUCGAUCUACCGACCCUGCUCGGCGACAAGCACAUCGGCGUCGAUAUCGCGCGUUGGCAUGGCUUUAUCCGGGUCAAGUUGAACGGGCGCAUCGGCGUCGCGGUCCAGGAUGGACUGGCCAAGGAUGGCGUCGUCCAGGUCGUGGACUCAGUGUUGAUCCCACCGCACCCGCGGAAGCACCGCGGCGUUUGGGAUGGGGAGAGUGAUGAGGGAAUUAGUGUCACAGAGCUUAUUGAACGACUUGAGCCUUUCGUUCAGGAGGGAUUUGAGGAUGAGAAUGCAACGGAGGUAGAAGUUGACGAGGUUAAGCAAGAGGAUGCGCAGGUGGAGUUGUGAUAGGGGAAAAGUUACCGAGGUAGUAUGAACGAGUGGAUGGUUGCGAUGAUGUGACGAGUAUGAGUACAUGAGGAUGUGGACGGUAUGAUAUGAUAAGUACGAUAUGGAAAAUUGGGCCAGAAUUUGAAACGGAUAUGGGACCGGGUCUGUAUAGGGCGAAACGCAUGUCAUCUAUCUUCUAUUUGCACAAAAAUAGAAAGGGGAGGCGGCGCAAAAGUUACAGACUAAGAUUGCAUUACUCAUGUAUCAUCAUGUUUGAUAAAAGCUUCACUCAUUAUGUACUUCAGUUUAGGUCAUGCAUUUGGGAUCGAGUGGUUGCAGUUGAGUACCAACAUGGAACAGGACA